GGCUAGGGGGAUCUCCUUCCAUUGGUUCUCCCUCUUUGUCUCUUUCUAGCUUUUUAAACACUUAAAUCUCAGAAAACCUAAUUUCUUGGCUUUAGUUAGUGCGUUUUGUUUAGAGGUGGUGAACUGAAACUGAAACUGGAUUGAAACUGGAUUUGAUUUCUUAUUUUCUCCUGUAGGGACGAUUCUUGUGUAUUUUUAGAGCCACUGAUCCAACUGUUGCUUGUCAGACUCAAGCGCUGCCUUUUCACAAUCAAGCGGGGCCAAAACAGGUUUUACAAAGGAGCUGCGGACGUGUUUCUAUGGUAACACGGCAUUUCCAGGACCAUUAAAGGACCAAAAGCUAUCAGUGAAGAUCCAGGAAAUUCAAAGUCUAAGAUGACUGGUCACACCAGCAGGGAUGCGACCCCUCCAUCUCGGUCCACGCAGAAGACAAUUGUUGAUGACAUCGUGCUGACCUUCAGUUCACCGAUGGCCUGGCUGCUGGUCGGGGCUCUGGUCAUCACGUGGUCUGGAGUAGCCAUUGUAUUGUUUGAUUUACUUGAUUAUAAAACUCUAACAGACUACACAUCAUACUGUGACGACCCCAUGUGUUUAUCACCUGGUCUCCCUCCUCCUCCUGCCAUCGCUAAGAGAGGUUUGAAGGCUCGCGCUGGAGUCCGCCCAAUUGUCAAAUCAAGUCUUGCUGGAAUCCAUGGUGACAUCACUCCUUCAGAGAGCUCUGAUUGGCUGGAGAUGAUUUGGACGUUUGCUACCAGUCUGGUGGCACCAGAUGAGGAAGAGGAAGGUAUUCACCACCUAACCGAAACCCUCGCGUCGUUCCACUCAGACGACCUCUGAUUGAACGAAGGCGGGAAAGGGAAGAAAAUGGGGGGAAAAGGAGUUUGGGCUGGAGUGGACAUGAGAAAUGGUGUGAACAUGUUGCAGCUGGAGCAGAAGAUGGAUGGAUGUGGCACGUCAUGUCAGAGCGAGGCUUUUCUCUGUUGUUAACAAGGAUUCAAUCAAUAAAAGACUCUAAAUAAA